AAGAGGAAUCAGAAUCGCGAUUUCAAUAUUUUGUUGUAAUAAAUAAUAAAAAAUUUCCAAAAGCGUAGCAGUGGCAAAGGAAGGAAGGGGAAUAACAAUUAGCAUAGUAAAGGAAAAGAAAGCAGAGGAAAGGAAAGCAGAGCAGCCUCCUCCUCCAAAGCAAAAACCCCCAUAAACCCCUCACUCACUCUCUUGUUUCCGCCAUUCAUCACUGUCAGAAAGAAAGAAAGAGAGAGAGGAGAGUAAGGGAAUGGCGGCUCAGCUACCAGAACACUUCAAGUGUCCGAUUUCACUCGAAAUAAUGUCCGACCCAGUCAUACUCUCCUCCGGCCACACAUUCGACCGCUCCUCCAUACAGCGCUGGCUCGAUGCAGGCCACCGCACCUGCCCAAUUACCAAACUGCCCCUCCCCGAUCAUGCCUCCCUCAUCCCCAACCACGCCCUCCGCAGCCUCAUUUCCAACUUUACCCCUCUCACUCCAACUCCAAUUCCCAAUCCCUCACCUCCCCACCCCCAACCUGUUUUCUGACUCGAAAAAAUUCACUAAAUCCAAAUAUCAUAUUUAAAUCAUCAAAUUCCAAUUGCCAAAUCUUCCAACCAUAUUCGCUCCUAUUUAACUUAUUAUUUAAUUACUUUCGGUUAAACCGGGUAUUACAAUUCCCUUUGCGAGAACGCUCUCUCUUUGCUUCUCAAUCUCAGUCUCGACGACCACAACAAGGUUGGACUCGUCGCCGAGGGAGUCGUUGCCCGCCUCGUCGCCGUCAUCUCCGGAACGGCUGCCGGAAAUCCAUCCCCGGACUGCCGCGCGCUCGCAGCCACAACACUCACAAGCCUGGCCGUCGUGGAGGUCAACAAGGCCACAAUCGGCGCGUACCCUCACGCGAUCGAGUCACUCGUGGCACUCGUAAGGGAUGGAAAGGGGAGAGAGAAGAAGGAAGCCGCGACGGCGCUCUAUGCUCUCUGCUCCUUCCCGGACAACCGGCGGAGGGCGGUGGAGUGCGGCGCGGUGCCUGUUCUUCUCCGGAGCGUGGAUUGCGGCUUGGAGAGGGCCGUUGAGGUUGUUGGAGUUCUUGCAAAGUGUAAGGAAGGGAGGGAACAGAUGGAGAGGUUCCAUGGAUGCGUUCAGAUUCUGAGUCGGGUUCUGAGGAAUGGAAGCUCAAGAGGGGUUCAGUAUGCUCUCUUGGCUCUUAACUCGUUGUGUUGUGGCAGUGAAGUUGCUUCUAUGGAAGCCAUCAGAGAAGGCCUUUUGGAAACAUGUCUUGGCUUUCUGGAAGAUGAUAACGAGAAAGUGAGAAGGAAUGCUUCUGCUUUGCUUCAGAAUCUGCGUGGCAACAAUAGGAUCAGCUGAUCAAUGUGGAUUUGGGAAUGAAAAAGAAAAACAAAAAGUCAGUUUUGAUCAGAAAUUUAAGUUAAGGAGAUUUGUUGUCCUCUAUGGAGGUGAGUUUGGGUUUCUUCUUCUCUCUUUUUUAUUUUUCUGUUUUUUUUUUCUUUUUUUGAAGGAAAAAAGAUUCUAUAUUGUUGGGUACUUGCCUCCUGUACAAAAUCAAGAUCAAUUUUUUUUUUUAGAAAAAUGUCAUAGGGUUCUUUUGUAUGUUGUGUACAUUGAAAUAAUGAAAGAAAAAAAAAAGGUGGGAGAGGCUAGCUCUCCUCUUGUUACUUAGAUUUUAUAGGGAGAAAGUUUAUAAUUUGGUCCUUUGAUAGUUGAAAUGUAAUGUGGAACUGUUUUGGAAAUUUCUCUUGGGGUUCAGCUAACUCUGCUAUACUGGGUUGACAAUUUGAUUU